AUGUUUCAUCUUGUGAAGUUGUUCUCUGUGCCAGUGAGGUUCUAUCAGCAAGCAGUCAUUUGCAGAUUAUGCAGCUCUUCUGAGACUAAAGAAGGGAAAAGAUGGUCAGACAUUCGCAAGAAACAAAAGUCACAUUAUCCUGAUGGCUGGAAGCCCAAGAAGAAGCUCACACGCUACCAAAUGGACUACCUCCGUACUCUAAAGCAAAACUAUCCUGAGGGGUGGAGUGUCAGCAAGCUAGCCGGUCAGUUUGGGAUCAGUCCAUCAGCAGUCGUUCGUAUCCUCAAAAGCAAGUGGGAGCCAUCACCAGAGGUGCAGAAGAAGCAGGACAGUAGAGCUUUGGAACUGAGGGAGCAGAGGAGACAGGAGGCAACGGGGAGGACCAGUGUGAAGGAGCUAGCGCAGAACACAGAAGAAAUGCAUACUGAGGCAGACGCUGGAACAACUAGCUAUAGCACUGGAAUAGAUAGAUCGAUGGAAGGCUAUGUUUAG